CAUAAUUGUAAUGUUGUCUUAAAUCAUAAACGUAAGCUUUUGACUACCAAAUCAUAUGGUAAAAAUGAAGCCCAACGAAUAGAAGAAUAUACUGUGUCUUUAUUAAAAUUUGUUAUUGGUGUUCAAGCUCCAUUCACAAUGGUUGAAAGCCCUUGGUUUUAUGAAAUGAUGAGUACACUUGAUCCACAUUAUGUUUCACCAACACGUACCUAUAUAAAGGAACAAAUUAUGUCUCAGUUUCAAGCUCAAAGAGAAAAACUUAAUCAACUCUGCAAUGAUAUGAAUAUUAAUGAUAAAAUUAUUUCAUUAAUGACGGAUAAUCAUUCCACAAUGAUUUUGUGUGGAGAUCUAUUAGAAAGAGAGUGGAAUGAAUUUGGUCUUCUUUAUCCUAUACUUCAAGCAACUGAGCUACCUUCAUCUAGUUUUUACCCAACAAUGUCUGAUGUUCGUUUGUGCUUUGGAGGAAUUCUUCAACAUCUUGAUAAAUUUAUUAAUGAAAAAACACAUUCAGAAGAAGAAUGUAUGAUUGCUGAUUCUAUACAACAUAAAUUAAGUGAAUAUUGGGUACUUCUUGACGAAUCUAUUACUAUCACAGCAAUUCUUGAUCCAUCUUCAAAACUUACAACAUUUGCUUAUGGUGAAAGAAGAGAUAAAGCCAUUGCAAAUCAGCAAAUAGAAGAACCACUAGAAGAAUUAGAUCUGUACUUAUCUUCACCUCUGUGUUCUGAAGAUCUUCUUAACUGGUGGGCAUUAAAUGGAUCAGUUAAAUAA